AUAGGACCAUCUCAGCUGAUCGGUGCUAGCAUGGUGCUAUGGGUGCUAUUAGCGCCACCUGCCGCAUGUAAACAAAAGUGCCACCCAAGCUACCCCCUGAGAGUUCCAGAGUGCUUGAUGAUAUCACGGAUUCAAUAUUCAUGUGGAUUGUGGAUUGAAGCUAAUUGAUAAACUUUCAUUAUUUGAGGAUGGAGGCCGAGACUAUCAACUUCCAGUCUCACUCGCAGGAUAAAGUUAUCCGUGGGAACUCAAGGAAAAAGACGAGGCGCGGCAAGAAGAAAAGCGCAGUUCGUGAGCGAUCUUUGAGCCGUCAAACGACACGAACUCCUUUCGCCGAGAUCAAGUUUUCCCACAUCCUCCAUUCAAGUGUCAAACGUACUCCUUUCCCUCCAAGUCACCCCUUGUAUGUUGGUUUGGCCGCUGACGCGCAAACGAAGCGCAUCAAGGAGUUCAUCUCGCAGAUUCUCGAGGUCCGUCUGUGUGACACGCGGCAGGCACCGUCUCUGACGCCGUGCUCUGUCGGCUGCCGGCGCCGCCUGGAGGCCCUGCUGGCAGAAGUGCUGGCGCGCCGGCGCCGGUGCCGACCGUCGGCGCUGCUGGCGCGCCGCUGCGGCCGCGGCCGCGUGCCCCCGGGCGCGCUGGCGUCCGCGCUCGGGCGGCUGCUGCGCCGGCUGCUGCCCGCGGACCUGCUCGGGCCUCGGCGGCUGGACGCGGCCAUCCGCCACCUGCUGUCGCUCGGCCGGUACGACCUGCUCAGCGUGGGAGACAUCACCCGCGGCCUGCGCCUGCAGGGUCGCGCCUGGCUGGCCGGGGAGCGGGCCGACGCCGCCGUCCCCAUCCUGAACCAAGUGGCCGUCUGGGCUUUCAGAUGUUUUGUCCUGGACGUGCUCGGGGCGUACUUCUACGUGACGGAGCUGCUUCAGCCGCGACUGCAGCUGGGCUUCUUCCUGCUGCGCCACUGGCAGCGGCUGACGGACGGCGAGGUGGCGCGGCUGACGGCCGGCGGCGCGCUGCAGCCGCUGCCGCCCGUCGGGCCGGGCGCCGCGCGCCGUGCGGCCGCCAGGCUGCGGUUCCUUCCGAAAUCGAGCGGAGCGCUGCGGCCCGUGUGCAGUUUGCAGCGGUCGGUGGCGGUAAAGGACCGCUGGGCGCAGCUGCGUACCGUCCUGCGGCUGCCGCAGAUGGGCAGGGACAUCACGGCCUCGGACCGCCGCCAGCUGCACCUCCGCUGGAUGCGCUUCGUCACCGCCCGCCGCCGGCUGCCGUCGCCGCUCUGGUACGUCAGAGCCGACGUGCGCGAUGCCUACGGCUCCGUGUCGCACGAGCUGCUGCUGCGCGUGCUGCAUGAACGACUGGCGGCGAUGCCGGCACAGGUUUAUCUGGCUCGCCGCUCGCGGGGCACCGGCUACAUGGCCUGGGAUGGCGGAUCCGCCCUGAAGAUCUCCGUGUCCACGGCUGCCGUGCUGGAGGAAGUGACCACGCUGGUCAACACGCAGGAGGUGCGGUACGGCCGGCGGCGGUUCCGUCUGGCGCGCGGCCUGCUGCAGGGCGGUCCGCUGUCGGCCGACCUGUGUGACCUCUACUACGACUCUGUGCUGCGCCGCGCCGUGCCCUGGUGCUUCCCGGAGCGGAGUCAGGAGGCGCUGCUGAUGUUCCGCUGCGUGGACGACCUGCUGCUCAUCUCCGAGCGGCGCUCGGACGCGCUCCGCUUCCUGGAGCGGCUGCAGGCCGGACUGGACGGACGGCACGCCCGGCUCAACGGCGCCAAAACGAGGACCAACCUGCACGGCGAGCACGGACCCGAGGUGACCUUCUUCGGCACCGUCUUCAGCGUCGACAAGCUAGAGGUGUCUCCGGACUUCUCGGCUUACCGGGGUGUGGACAUGCGGUUCACGUUCCGCACGCGCCAGCUGCGCUCGCCGGGCCGCUACCUGAUGGCUCGACUGCCGUACCUGGCUACCGUGCGCCUCUCGCCAAUCCACUGGGACCCUCGCAUCAACUCGGCGGGCCGACUGCGGCGCUCCCUGGACGCCCACCUGGCGCUGACCGGCCGCCGCUACGUGGCGCUCUUGUCGCGGCUCGGACUCGACCGCGACCAGCGCAACGCGGCGUUCCUGGCGCGCGCGGCGGCGCUGUGCUGGCGGCGCGUGACGGCCGCUCUGCGACAGUUCGCCCGGCGGGGCGGCUACCGGCCGUGGGCACAGCGGUGGCUGGUGCGCCGCGCCGGAGCGACCAUGUUCCUGCGCGUGCUGCCUCCUCACCUGGAGCAGCUGAGGGCAGUCAUCGGCACUCAGGCGAUAUUCUUCUGAUGAAGAUACUGUUGGCGAUCUCAGGAACAAUGCUGGCUAGUGGUAUGACCAUUGGCUGAUCUAACCUGACCUACUGGCCUGAAUCUGACCAGACUACGGCCCUCCGACGCUGGACCGGGCAGGUGCCAAAAACCCGCCGUGGUGGGAGGCGUGUGUCGUAGACGAAACAGUCCAGCCGUGUUCUCAGACGCCCGCAUACGUUUCGGACAUGGAGCGCAGGCAGUGGGGUACCUGGCGCUGUUGAUUCGUCACAGUCACGGCUCUGCCGGAGACCAGCGUGGCAUGGCACGACCUUCAGUCACCAGCUGGCACUCAUGGCGGCGUGCAGGGCUAGGUGAAGUGGAUGGAGAGGGGUCGCGUGUGCUGCUGGUAGGCCUGUGGAAAGCCUUUGGCAUGUUUUUGUUACAAUGUUAGUAAAUUAAAGUGCACACGAUACAAUUAGACAACAUAGAACUUAAGAUUUACUGGACAGCUUUCACUGUUGCCAGUUUUGACG